GCGCCAGCCAAUUCCUCGCCCUCUCGUCACCUCCCAUCGUCACAUCACCCCUCAUGCCGCGCGCUGCCGGCCCCCAUUCGCCGCCUCCUCCCAUGCCGCCGUGUGCGGAUGCCGCGAAAGCCUCGCCCCAAACGCCCAGUUCGCCCUUCGUGGGGGUUGCGUCGCCAGCCCGACGUCAGGUGCUCAGCACUGCAUGCCUCCGUGGUCCGCGACGCGCCGCCUGCUGUCACGAUAGGCCAGCCGCCGCUGCGAACGCGAUGCGGUGCACGCUGCAGCGACGAUCGCAGCGCUGAUUGUGGUUGCUGAUGCGGCUUCCGCGGUCACGGAUCCGGACGAGUUGCAUGCGCCGCCAUGCAGGCAGUCCGUGGCCAGCCA